AUGGCAGCCGUCGAAAUGGACAUUGACGCGCCCGCGUCCCCACAGCACGACGCCCCAAAGAACGCCUCCAUGGCAACACACACUGGCGCAACUGCCGUGCGUUCUAUCGAGGGUUGGAUCAUCAUUGUCACCAAUGUUCAUGAGGAGGCCAGCGAAGAGGAUCUGAAUGAUUUGUUUGCUGAGUUUGGGGAGAUUAAAAACCUGCAUCUGAACCUAGAUCGGAGGACUGGAUAUGUGAAGGGCUACGCACUCAUCGAAUAUCCAACGCUCGAUGAAGCACGCACUGCCAUCGAUGGAGCCCACAACACCAAGCUACUAGAUCAAACCAUCGAGGUUGACUUUGCCUUUGUACGACCGCCGCCCGGCAAGGGGAGGGGAGGAAGACCGCCUGCGAAGGGGAGAGCUAGGAGUAGGAGUCGGAGCCCGAGUGCGAGCGCGAGCGCUAAAGACGAGAUGGCUGAUUGA